CCGCGGUCUGGUCGUCUCCGCCCCCUUCCGAACAGCCAAUCGUAGGCAAGGCGCCGGGCGCGCGCACGCUCCCCUAAGUUUAACGGUCGCGAGAGGCCGCUCGCCCGACCCUGAAUUGAAACAGCGGCCAGACUCUUGGGAGCUUAGGACAUUACCCAGUUCUGAAUGUUGGCAACUGAAAAUGCUUGUAGACGACGAAGCCUCUGAAGAUGACGCGGAUUCAGUUUCUUCAACGGGUGAAAGAAGCUACAGUUUCAAAUAAGAGAGCGUAACAGUUUCUGUACGCUAUGGAAGAUUUUGACUCAGUGAAACCCUUACAAAAAACUUCAUCUUCUGUAGAAUUUGAUAUAAAAAAUUCUCCCUCCUCUCUUGGACUGAACUUAAAUACUAAUAGAAGUAGUCCCCACCUUAGUACAAAUGGGGUGUCCUCUUUCUCAGGGAAGACCGGACCGUCUGCAACACAGGGGAGCGCCACAGCCCUGACCUCUUUCAUGCCGGAGCUCCGGGACAGUGGGGAGACCGCCUCGAGUCCGUGGAGAAGCUGCGAGGCCAGGUGGUUACAACUCUUUGGUUUGGUGGAAAAACAGUGCCAAGAACAGAUAGCUGCCCAGCAGGAGCAGUUCCAGAGCCAAGUUCAACGGAUACGGGAGGAGAUAAGAAAUUUAGUCGAGUUACAGAGCAGUAGUGCUUCACGGGCUUCCUGUGACGGAAGGUCUUUAAAUCAACAGACACCUUCAGAGCGGCAAAUGGGCUUUUUUUCUGAAAACAGUGACAGAAAUGAAUCUGUUCUCAGUUACCCGAAGUCGGAAGAACCUGAGAUGCAGCAAGAAACACCUGCGUCGCACCCGGACUGCAGUGUGGACAGCAGCUCGGUGAGCAGUGGCUAUGGGACCUGUUGUGUCUCGGAGUUAAACGCCCGCAGAUCGAAGGGCCCCCCAGAGUUCAUGGAGCCUGGGGCGGCCUCUGCCGGGCAGGGCGGAGCACCCGCCGUGCGGGCCUCGUCCCCCGUGGACGGUGCAGGAAACCAGCGUUUCUACAUACAUGCUCCCCAAGAGUUUGGUGCCUCCUUAAAGGAAGAUAUUUCCAUUUUUCCUGGUGAAUUUGAACCCAGUUUCCUUGGCGAGAGUAAGAUUUCAGAAGUCUACUGCGGAAAAACAAACAGCAGCAAAGCUGUAACAUCAUGGGCACAGAAGCUGAAGCGGAGCCACCUGAAGGGGGCACGUGCGGAAGAGGGAUGUCCCAAGUCCUCGCCAGACAGUGGGCCGACCCAGACAGCGCCCGUGGAGAAGCUGGAGCUCACUGCCGCCACACAGCCCUGUGCGUUUUACCUCCGGGAGCCAGACGGAGGCCCGGGCUCUUGGAUGUCGGAUGCAGAAACAGGCCUGACGCACUGGGAGCUGCAGAAGACAGACCUGCCCCACUGUGCGCCCGCGGCUGCCGACCCACCUGCAGCCCCACCCUCCUCCGGAGUGUCAGCGAGCCAGUUUAACGCUAGUAAUGAGAUGAAGCUACCGUCACUGAAGGACAUUUAUCAUAGAAAGCAAAGGGAAGACAAGCAGUUACCGGAGAGGGAUCUCACCUCUGCUUCCAACCCCAACCGACCGCCCGAGGUCCUGACUCUAGAUCCAACAUUACACCUGAGGCCACGCCAGCAGGUCUCAGGGAUUCAGCCUCCGGGCUUUCUGAAUGCUCUCGAUGACAGACUGUCCUUCUCGCCAGACUCUGUCCUGGAACCCAUGUCUGGUCACUCGGACAUAGACUCCUUUUCACAAGCAAGUAAUGUCCCUUCUCAGCUGUCUGGCUUCCCGAGACACCCUUCCCAUGCCACAGCUUCACCGGUGGACUCGUGGAAGAACCACACAUUCCCACAUGAAAGCAGGGCCAGCUCCACGCUUCCCUCAGUUUAUACUGUGGCUAGUAAUGACACCUCAGUCAACACCGUAGAAGAAGACAACACUGUCAUGGUAACUGCAGCCUCAGUCAGUCAGUCCCAGCUUCCAGGUACAGCCAACAGUGUCCCAGAAUGCAUUUCAUUGACUUCCCUGGAAGAUCCUGUGAUAUUGUCUAACAUUAGGCAGAACCUGAAGGAAAAGCAUGCCCGACACGUAGCAGAUCUUCGAGCUUAUUAUGAAUCAGAAAUACACAGCUUGAAACAGAAAUUGGAGGCAAAAGAAAUUUCUGCAGCUGAAGACUGGAGGAAAACGAAUCAAAUUCUCAUAGACAGGUGCAGUCAGUUAGAUGGUGCCCUGAAUGAAGCCACGAGUCGAGUGAGGACACUUGAAAGCACGAAUAACUUACUGGAAAGAGAAGUGAGUGAUUUCAGAGAGCGCCUCAGUGCUGCCAGCAGCACCUCCAAAAUUCUGCAGGAGCGGAUCGAGGAAAUGCGGACGAGCAAUAAGGAGAAGGACAGCACCAUCGGCCGACUGAAAGCUAGGCUGCAGGACCUGGAAGAAGCCUUUGAGAAUGCUUACAAACUCUCUGACGACAAAGACGCCAGGCUGAAACGGGAAAACAAAAUGUUUCGAGACCUGUUAGGAGAGUAUGAGUCCCUCGGAAAAGAACACGCCAGAGUGAAGGAUACGUUAAAUGUAACAGAGAAUAAAUUGCUUGAUGCACAGACUCAGAUUUCUGAUCUGAAAAGGACGAUUUCAAAGCUUGAAGCCCAGGUGAAGCAAUUCGAGCAUGAAAACACACUACGUCUCCGUCACCCCAGAGCCCCCGGCAGGCCCUCACGUGCCAACACACUGGCCACCUCAGAUGUCAGCAGGCGGAAGUGGCUGAUUCCAGGGGCGGAGUAUUCCAUCUUCACGGGCCAGCCCCUGGACGUCCAGGACAGGACAGCAGCCAGCCAGUGGGAGGACGUCUGUGCUCUUGGGUGCCACUCGCCUCCGGAAAAGGGUCCUUCACCCGGAAGUUCGUCGGCAAACUUACUUUUAAAAAAGCAAAGGGAGACCACAGACACACCGAUCAUGAGAGCUUUGAAAGAACUCAGUGAAGAAAAAGUAUUUAAAAACUGGGGCACGCAGACAGAGAGAGAGGACACUUCCCACAAAUUAGUGAAUCCUCAGCAAACCGAAGUGUCUGUUGGUACCAGUCGGUCCCCAGAGAAGUGUGCCCAACAAAGGCCAAAGCGAGCCGCUUCCACCGCUCAGAGGUCGUCGUCACUGCCGCCAUCAACUCGAAAGUCAAGUGCUCCAACCAAACGGGAGAUCAUGCUGGCACCAGUGACCGUGGCCUACAGUCCCAAGCGGUCCCCUAAAGAAAACCUGUCCCCGGGGUUUAGCCAUCUCCUCAGCAAAGCUGAGAGCAGUCCGAUUCGAUUUGAUGUACUUUUGGAUGAUUUAGAUUCUGUUCCUGCAUCCGCACCGCCGCGCAGCGCCUCGAGAAGACAGCUCCGGUUUCUCCCUCUAGCUGACGUGGAAGAAAAAGAACAUUCAGAAAAAGCCGGCGACACCCUUGCUCACCGUGACUGCUCCCCGGAGCCGGUGCCGGACGCUGCGCAGGCCGCCGCAGGGAGGGCAGCCUGCGGGAAGGGCGAGCCCAGCAGCUGCGUGGCGCACGCCCCGGACUUCGAGUACACUGCAAAAAUCAGGACCCUGGCGGAAACGGAGCGGUUUUUUGAUGAACUUACAAAAGAAAAAGACCAGAUCGAGGCGGCCCUGAGUCGCAUGCCUUCCGCUGGAGGACGAGUCACUUUGCAGACGAGGUUAAACCAGGACGAUCAUAAACUUUAAAAUAAGACUUGCAGGGCCCUUGUUGGUGUUCAUGUGCAUCCGCUACAGCUCGUUCAGUCCCGGAAGGAGGCAGAAAGCUGGCGGCGAAAAGGGGCCGAGGACGCUUACCCAUGAUUCAUAAGUGAGACCGUUUAGCUGGGCAAAAAAAAUGAAACAUACGCAGCCUCAGCAGUGAGUGCAAGAACAAUGCACAUUUAAACAAAAGCAUCAACGGUGGCAGGCGAGCUUUUACCAGCAGCACCUGGAUGGGGGAGGCACGUCCCCGCGCCCUGCAGGUGGACGCUGCACGCGGCCGGGGCUCUGGGGCGCAGCCCGACAGCCCUGCACGUGCUGAGAAUCCACAGACGCCUGCACGGAGCCGUGCUCAGGACUGCCCACUGCAGCCUCGUCUGUGACACAGGAAACCAGAAGCCCCCGAGUCUCUACGCAAGUUUCGUGGCUAAAAAUGGCACCUCUGAUGGACUGUUGCACUUAAUUGAAAACAAUGCUAUAGGAAGAUACUUUUUUUUUCUUAAGAUUUUAUUUACGUAUUUUAAGAGAGAGGGGGCAGGGAGGGAGAAGGAAAGGGAGAGAAGCAUCAUUGGGUUGCUUCUCACACGCCUCCAACCGGGGACCUGGCCUGAGACCCAGGCCUGUGCCCCGACCAGCGGUCAGGGAGCGAACCCGUGAGCUUUCUGUCUACAGGACAGUGCCCGGCCCACUGAGCCGCAUCAGCCAGGGCAAGUAUUUCAUAGCCAGAGUUCAGUUGAAAACUGUUUUGAAGUAGAGAGUUAGAUUCUGUUUUGAUUUUUCUUCUUAAAAAUGGUAAGCAUAUCUGCAGGAAAAAAGGAAAGAAGAGCAGUAGCUACUUUUUGAUCAUUUUUCUGCUAAAUUCUCUAAGGAACAUGUAGCCCUUUUAAAAAUAUAUAUAUAUAUAUUUUAUUUAUUUAUUUUUAGAGAGAGGGGAAGGGAAGGAGAAAGAGUGGGAGAGAAACAUCAACGUAUGGCUGCCUCUCAUGUGUCCCCUGCUGGGGACCUGGCCUGCAACCCAGGCCUGUGCCCUGACUGGGAAUCAAACCGUGACCCUUUGCUUCACAGGCCCAUGCUCAGUCCACUGAGCUACACCAGCCAGGGCAAGCCCUUUUAUAUUUAAAUUAUUAGAAAAAAUUAAGUUUUAUUUCAGGAUACCAUUGGAGUUAAUACUGAAUAAAGUAUCUAAAAUGAUAAACACAUGAGGGGAUCCAGAAAACCCUGGAAUGUGUUCAUAGAGAUUGUGAGUGUGUAUUCGUACACGUGUCAGUUUCAGCCGCCUUCCGCGUCCCCACCAUCCGCGUCCCCUCCGUCCAUGCAGCGCCCCUGUCGGGACAGUUUCUCCACUGCGCACAGCCCUGUUCAGACGCGUCCACGUUGACACCUUGUGGUGCUGCUGCCGUUGUGGUUCAUCGCUUCCGCGUCAGCCAAACCUUUCCUUCUGAGGACUCUUUCCUCCAGGAGUCUCGCUGGGGCGAGCUGAGCGAAUGGGGAGGGCGGGCCCCGGGAGUCAUGCCGUUUCUGGUCGAAACUGCCGAACACUCAAGGUGCGCGCGUAAAUCGUCCACCGUGAAGUGGAAGAUCGUGCUGAAAGAAUCUUCAAAAAAAUUCGCUGCGGCCGAACACAACGAUGGCUCAGUGGCGCGGUGAUGCAGACGGGCUCCUGGAGCACCCUGCGGGGGAGGCCUGGGCUGCAAGGGCCCGCCCCCAGAAGAUAACGCCGGGGAUUUGGGGGUGGCCCCUCAUAUAUAGUCCAGGUGCUGUGUAUGUGAAACCACGGUCAUUAGGUUGACUCUUGAAACCUCUGUUCCUGGGAAAAGCCUCCUCCAGAGGUUGUCGUCCUCUUUGGCUUGGGUGUUUUUGUCAGAAGAAAGCCCUCUGGUGUGUGUGUGCACUCGGGGCUCUGGUCAGACAUGCCUGCUGCUUCGGCAACGGCCUUGCUGUGCCUUCUCAGCCCCACCGUGCUUUCUCAGCCCCGCGCAGUCAGAGCUCCCGCUGUGGGCCGUGCUGCGGGCAGAAAUUUCCGCAUUCUCGACGUGCUGAGGACGUCCCAAGUGCCCAAGUUCUCCAGAGUGAACUUGAAGAGCUGACUCACAUUGAUCAGUUUAAAAGGAAUAACAUGCAGAUGGUUUGUGUAAAAUGCACAGUGUUCGAUUUCUGUGUUUAUAUUGUCCUUUUGCUAAAAGAGAGGCCAGCUUGGUGGUGAUUCUGGCACUGGUGACCUUGACAUAGAAUCCUAAUGCAGUUGUUCCCAUUAUUUCU